CGUUGAUCUUGUAAUAUUUACUGGUAAUCCAUUAAUAGAGCAAAAUAUAUUCAUUUUUAUUUACUAAAAGCAAUUUAAACGGCUUUUAUGAUUUGAUAUUCGAACAUUCAAGUCCAGCAAUACGAAAUCACGAAAUAGAGAGAACUUGUUCUUCUUUCUCGUGAAUUAAGGAAGUUCCGGUUAUAAUUCAUAAGUAUCCUUGCUAUAAUGUCAAACGAACAUUUAACUGCUAAUGAUGAGCUUUCGAAACUCAAAUACUUAAAUAUAGCAGCCGACGAAGCCUCUGAAGAAAGAUUGUCUCCUACUCGGCUUCGAGUUGGCACUUCUAAAACAGAUGAUAUUUAUCGACAAAAGCGACAAACAAAACAUAUUAUGUCAAAAAAUGAAGUAUUUCUAAAUCCGAAAUAUUUCGAUAAUGAAGAUUAUGACCCUCAGACUUAUUUAAACGAUAUAUUGCAUGAUGCCACAGAAGAGGAAUUUGUUUCCUUGUAUAACAAACUGUUACGUAUCCACAUGGGAGUCCGAAAGAAUUUGGAGAAGAACUUUUAUAAAAAUCUCAACGAGUACGUCUUUAUUUCCAGUGAAGUAAACAAUUUAAGCCAAGAUUUGGACCGGUUCAAAUCGCUAUUAGGUGUCUUGGAGGAAAACAUCGAAGGACUAAAUUUAGUCGAGCUUUCACAAAACACUUCUGACGAUAAUCUAAAACGAUCAAUGCGCCGAUUGGAAAAUACCAUUGAUGGUGUAAACAGAAAUUUUUGGAAGAGUCCGAAUAGAAGCCUAAUUACAAAACAAGAUCGUUGGACACUCAUUAAUACUAGAAAUCAAAGAGUUCGUUUGAUUGUCAAUCUUUACUUAUUUAAUGACUGCAUCCUUGUUACCUCUUCGCAUUCUUUGGAUAAAGAAAAGAGAAUCAAAGAACAGACGCUUUAUCAAUGGAACCUUAUUGAUUUUACAAUUCUUCCAAUUGAAACUCCUGAACAAGCGGAUGAUGAUGCGAUAUCCAACUUAGAGAAAGACUCGAAUUUAUCCUACGCUUCAGUAUUAUGUGAUAGAAGCAUUUUUGUACUGGGAAAUAGUAAUCUUGAAGAACGAGACUUCUUUAUCCGUCAAUCUAGACAAUACCAGUCUCAACAGCUGCUCGAACAUGCUCAAAAACGUGUAGGUGAUACACAGUUAAGAAUGGAGCUUGAACAUUUCGUCAGAAGUGAGCAGGCAAGCUUAUCGUCAUACACGUCUUUUCAGUUGCUUUGUAAAACUAUUGAUUCUCCGUUACUUCUACAGUCUUAUGCUCUAAGAAGAGAAGUUUUGCUAAAUCUUUUUGAACAAUUUAAUCAAUUAGAUAAUUUUAUUUCUCUGCGUCAGUAUUCGGAUGCUAUACGCAUACUAAAUUUACUGAGAAACCGCUUACAAAGCGAAAGGAUCCAACAAUUACUAACGGAUUUUUUAUUGGAUAAACUAGAGUAUAAGACGGAAAGGCUGAAAGAGCUAUUCUUACAUCAAAUUGGAUUCCCCGGGAUUAGCGUUACGCAAGGAAAACAGUUAGUUAGAUAUUUACGAUCCAUUGGUUUUGAAAAUGAUGCGCGGAAACAGUUCUUUGAUUCUCGUGAAGAACAGCUCAAACAGAAAUAUUAUAAUGUACAAUGGGAAAAGGAUAUAUCAAACUUAGUUACCACCAGCUCUUUUAUUGCCUUUCGGUAUUUGGCUCACAUUACGCGUUUGUAUACUCAAAUGUUUGAGGUCAAGAAACCAGAUUCACUUUAUCGAAACUGGUUGUACCGUCAGAUUGAAAGUUUGGUUUUCUUCAUUGAAAACCAGUACAAAGGAUUUCCUCGUGAUAAAUCAUAUGCUGAAACGGUAUCAAAAGUUAUGAUGUAUAGUACAGAAUUAAAGAACAUGAAGCUGGAGAUAACCCCAAUUCUUCAGCGACUUUUGUAAAUAAAAUUAUAAAUGGCAUGGCUACUAUUUACAUGCAUCCUAUCUUUUAUUGAUAUAAUGAGAAUAUAGUUUUAUUGACAAUUAAGAGUUUACUCCACAGUAGGGGUGCUUUCCUUAGCUUGCAUAGCUCUUAAAAGAUUCAUGAUGGGUUCAGGAACGGUACGCUCGUAAAUGGAAAACAAUUCAACUGGUUGAGGGUAUACUUUAAGAGCAGCAUAAAAGCAAGCAGCAGAUUCCUUGAUAUUGUCGGGUUCUAUAAUUGUUAGAAAAAAGAUCAUAGAAGCAAUAAUUCAUACGUUGUUGGAAGAGUUGUUCACCACGGGCAACUUGCUGCAUAAAGAAGAGCUCUUUUUCUUCAGCGCUACUAGGGGUAGGUGUAGACUUGACGAUCUCGAGAGCAUCUUCGAUAACUUCAUCAAAUUUCUUGACAGCAAUCUGUUCUUCUUGCUUCUUAGCUUCGUGCACCUUUUUGUAAUGACGCUCUAAAAACCGUUUCGUUAGCGAACAGAAAGAAUAUACAGCGGAUGACAUUAUUAUAUAUUGUGGACAUACUCAAUGUUUUGCGGAAAGUAGGGUCGUUGCGACGCUUGUAGUCAAAAUAAAUGCCAUAACCUGAGAGAUAUUAGCAAACAUGUUCAUGCACAAGAAAGGAAGCCAGCUCGGAAACCCGCAUUCGAUCGAUCAGCUUUCCAUGCACGCAAAAUCAGUUAUUUUUGUUUCAUUUCUUUAAAAUCCUUUCAAAAGAGAGCACCAGUCAUAAAAUGUACUAUUC